UUUGUGGUUGGUUGUUGGCUGCCAUCUUGGACCUCGAUCGUUUGAGAAGCCGGCCGCCCGCAAAAAUCUUCGAGUUUCACGCGUUCGCGCGGCCUCACGUAUUCCUUAAGUAGGUUGCGUGGUUUUACGACGAAUUUAGAGAUCUGUUGCGAUCAAUUUAAUCAAGAUUCGGGUCCGGAAUGCAUUAGGUAUAUAUUUAUGCUCGCGCAUUUGUAACUGGGUGAGUGGAGGAAAUAAAUUAACUAGAUUUUGUAAUUUUUCAAUAGACAGUGAAAGAAUAGCACUCCACAAAACAAAUAGUAGUAGUGAUAUAUCAGAAAAAAUGGCACUACCUAGUAGAGCGCGAGUUUACACCGAUGUGAAUUCACACAAGUCUAGAGAUUAUUGGGACUAUGAAUCCUAUGUUGUUGAUUGGGGACAACAAGAUGAUUAUCAACUAGUGAGAAAAUUAGGCAGAGGAAAAUAUAGUGAAGUAUUUGAAGCUAUUAAUAUUACAAAUAAUGAAAAGUGUGUUGUAAAAAUUUUAAAGCCUGUAAAAAAGAAGAAAAUAAAAAGGGAGAUUAAAAUCUUAGAAAAUCUAAAAGGAGGGACCAACAUAAUUACACUCCAAGCUGUUGUUAAAGAUCCUGUAUCAAGGACACCGGCACUGAUAUUUGAACAUGUGAACAACACAGAUUUCAAGCAAUUAUACCAGACGCUAACAGACUACGACAUAAGAUACUACCUCUACGAAUUAUUAAAAGCAUUAGAUUAUUGCCAUAGUAUGGGAAUAAUGCAUAGGGACGUUAAACCGCACAACGUUAUGAUAGACCAUGAAAAUCGAAAGUUACGGUUAAUCGAUUGGGGUCUAGCAGAAUUUUACCACCCUGGUCAAGAAUAUAAUGUACGAGUAGCCUCGCGUUAUUUCAAAGGUCCAGAACUACUUGUAGAUUAUCAGAUGUAUGAUUAUUCAUUAGAUAUGUGGUCUCUUGGAUGUAUGCUUGCAAGUAUGAUAUUCAGGAAAGAACCGUUUUUUCAUGGACACGAUAAUUACGACCAAUUAGUGAGAAUUGCAAAAGUUCUUGGAACUGAAGAAUUAUUUGAAUAUCUUGAAAAAUAUCAUAUUGAAUUGGAUCCUCGCUUCAAUGAUAUUUUAGGCCGACAUUCACGUAAACGCUGGGAACGUUUUAUGCAUUCAGAGAAUCAACAUUUGGUAUCACACGAAAGUCUUGAUUUUCUUGAUAAACUUUUGCGUUAUGAUCAUUAUGAAAGACUCACUGCACGUGAAGCUAUGGAACAUCCCUAUUUUUAUCCAAUAGUAAAAGAUCAGGGUCGAUUGAACAUGGUAUCAUCGUCACCUACUCCCAUAACAGGUUCGUUGCCUGUAGGUGAGUAACGGCCCAGGUAUCGAUACUUCGCGCGAGGGGCUUAAUCCCAUCCCUAAGCGUGACUGUGAGCAGCGUACCGGUUCGUGGAAUAAACCGACUGAAAAAUAUGGCGGGACAAGUUGGAAAUGGGACUCAGAAAACGAUGAAGUAUUCAUCACAUCCAUUACAUCCUUAACAUACAGUUUUCAACUUUUGAUUAUUUAUGCACGAAAAGUUGAAUCUUCCAUUCCACCUAAAUUUGCAAAUUUAAGAAGAAGAAAAAUAUAUUAUGUGAUGGUGGACCAUACAUCCUUACAUAAAUGGCAAUUAUAUUUUGACGUGGUGUAUAAAAUUCUACAUUUUAGACAUUCCUUGAUUUUCACCGUGGGUAUUACUUAAAAGGAAUUCAGGUUUGAUAUAUAUUGGAAAUAAACUUUAUGCGAUAAAAUUUUAAAUGGCAUAAGAAGUAAAUGAUACGUUUCAAAGUAUUUUUGUUACAUUGCAAAUCAUUUAGAAAGAAAGAAGAAAGUUUACAACAUUAAAAUUAAGUCUAUAAAUGAAGUACGUGCUCUGUCCAUAUUGGCCGGUAUGCAUGUGCUGUUAAUAAUUGUAUGUUUCUUUUCUGUGUUUUUAUAAUCUGUCAUUUCUAUUGUGUUCCUUCGACGCUGCUACUAAUGUCACGAUCGCGGGAAAUUUGUAAAUGCAUAAAGACGCGAUUAGAUCAUGUUAUGUCACUUGGAAGAUCGUCCGUUAUUACAUGAGACAUUAUAAUGAAAAAUGAUGCAAAACAAACCAUGUGUAUUUGCAUCUAUAAAGCGCGUACUACACACACAACACAUAGCACAUAUGUGCUUACACUUAACAUGUACCUUAGGCCGCUCGGUUUAGUACUUUUAACGAUGAUAAAAAUGUUCGUUUAUAUCUGAUACAAUGAUAGUUGAAUAAAAUGUUUGUUAUAGCCAAGUACUCUUUGUGCUCUGUGAAUACCUAUAUAUCCAGUAAUAAAUGUUACCAAGCUACUGGUAAAAGGCAUCAUGAUUGAUCAAAUGCUUUGAAACCAUCAUUUUUUUAAGGUCACGCUUAAAAUUUUAGCUCUUGUUAUUUUCAUAUUUCUAUAAUAAUUUUUAAAUUAUAUCAAAGAACGUUAUAGAGUCUCUUAAUUCAAUUUUCAUUGACCAAAGCGAGAAUUCACAGGCACCUUAAAACACUUGGCGCCAGCAGAAGCCUAUGUACAUGAAUUAAACACACGCCGAUAAAGGAAAAAAAAACAUUUGUAUUGCUGUACCUUGUACAUCUGAUCUAUGCUGGUCAAAAACUUAAUAUCGAUAAUAACCAUUAAAUCGAUCAAUUUAUUUCAUAUACAGCAUUACCAAUGUGUUUCUUAUAAAUUGAAUAUAUAAUUAUUUAUAUACGACCGUAAGUCAGUUUAUUGUGUACAUUGGAAAAAUUUACUUCGAGAGAAAGAGGGGGAGAGAGAGAGAGAGAGAGAGAGCGAGAGCGAGCGAGCGAGCGAGAGAGAGAGAGAGAGAGAAUGGAAGAGAGACGUACUUUUAAAGAAUGUAUAGGAAUAGAGCACACUCCACUUGUAAACCAUGUCCUUUCGUAUUAUUUCGAAAGAAUUCAUCAGUUCCUAUACGCAUAAAUUACGCAUAAAGUACGGUCAAUUCAAUAUAUAAAUAUAUACAUACAUAUAUACAUAUAUACAUAUAUGGAACACGUGCGCACGCGCGUGCUACACAUACAAACUACACAUUUACAAACUUACAUACACACAUACACAUACACACACACAUAUAUAUGUAGAGUAUUUUAAAUGCGUACCCUAUCAAGCGGAGUGUGAAUUUAAAUUCAAAGAGUGGGGUAUGCUUUCGAAUAUUAUCGGCUAAAAGAGAAAUGUUUGCUUCUUAUUCUGAUUAUUGCGCCGUUUUUGCCAUAUUACUGCAUAUUUAAAGCAUUUAUAUGCAUAUAUAUAUGUAUAUUUUAUUUUUCAAUAAUGUAUAAAAGAUAUAUAUACAUAUAUACAUAACACAGAUAAGUGAUAAUAAACGAAAGAGUACGUAGAUGUAUAACAAAGAUAUACAUAAUGCACUAUAAAUGUUAAAGAUGUAAAAAAGAAAUACUUUAUGUAUCAGUAAAGUAUAAAUACAUUUUAUUUAUUUCGUUUUUUUAUAAUCGUGGUAUUGCUUGAACACGAUUCACAAAUAUCUAUUUUCAAUGGUCUUUUACAUGGCAAAAACGGCGUAUACAUAAUUGUUUAUCUAAAUUUGAUAACCCUUCCUGUUCGUACGUUAAGUUUAUGAUAAUCUAGUUUAGUUUUAUAGAAAAAAAAAAAAA